AUGAGUUCCCUGCCUCCGCACACGAUGCUCAACAUGCCAGCACUGUCUCCAACAAUGGAACAAGGCAGCCUGGCAACUUGGCACGUGAAGGAGGGAGAUGAGGUGGCUGCCGGCGAUGUUUUGGCAGACAUAGAGACGGACAAGGCGGUGCUUGGAUUCGAGAACCAGGAGGAAGGCUUCGUUGCCAAGCUCUUGGUCAAGGGUGGAGCAAAGGAUAUCCCCGUUGGCACCCCUGUUGCAAUUCUUGUGGAGAACGUUGAAGACGUCACAAAAUUUGAAACCUAUGAGCCAGAGGCUGCCUCCCCUUCUGCACAAUCGCAGCCUGCAGUUGACAGUGCACCACAGCCCCCCAAAGUGGUGCCUCCAACUCCCCGGGCAAGUAGCAUUCAGGAUUUUCAGGGCAUGAAAAUCGGUCCAGCAGCAAAGAAGCUCAUUCUGGAACAUGGGCUAUCCGCAAGUGUCAUUCCCAGUACAGGUCCCAGGGGAAUGGUGACCAAAGGAGAUGUACUGCUUGCCGUCAGCAAAGGGGCAGGCAAGGUGGCAGAACCUGCGACGCCUGCACCCAGGAAGGAAGCACCGCCUCGCCAAACUGUGACUGAGACUUCAAAGCAGGGAAAGGAGACCCAUGUUGAGGGUGUGCCCUUUAUGGACACCCCAACGACCCAAGUCAGGCGCAUCAUCGCCAGCAGAUUGCUGGAGUCGAAGACGACCAUCCCCGCGCUGUACGUCAGUGCUGACGCUGAUGUGGAUGCGGUAUCCCUGAUGCGCGCGAGCCUGAAGCGACAAGGCACCCGGGUGUCUGUCAACGACUUUGUGGUGAAGGCCGUGGCUCUGGCACUGAAGGACGUUCCCAGAGCCAACGCCUUUUGGGACCAAGCCAGGGAGGAUGCUGUUCACAGCAGUGGCGUGGAUGUUUCGAUUGCUGUGGCGACAGACAGUGGCCUUCUCACUCCGAUAAUAAGGGAUGCAGACAAGAAGGGGCUUCUGGAGAUAUCUGCCGAGGCUCGGCAGCUCGCGCAAAGGGCCAGGGAGAACAAGCUCAAGCCAGAGGAGUUCCAGGGCGGGUCGUUCACCAUAUCCAAUUUGGGCAUGUUUGGGAUUGAUGAAUUUUCUGCCAUCAUUAAUCCACCGCAGGGCUGCAUAAUGGCUGUUGGGGGGUCACAGCAGGAAGUGUUCCUGGAGGGAGGGGAGCCAAGGGUGAAGGACAGAAUGAGAGUCACCAUUUCUGCUGACCAUCGCGUCUUUGAUGGGGAUGUUGCGUCACAGUUCUUGAACACGUUCUGUAGCUAUUUCAACAAUCCAGUGAAGCUCAUAGUCUAG